AUGGAAUCCCAACAGCAGCAAGAUGCGCCAGGCUCCCUGAGCUGGCGGUUGAGCUCGCAUCCCAUCACCCUCUUGACCUUUCUUGCAUUUCGGAUAUCAAGUGUACUCGUGUACUUCCUCGGUCUGUGGAUCAUCAGAAGCAUGAUCAUGAUCUUCAUCAUCACCAUCCUCCUCCUCGCCGCCGACUUUUACUACCUGAAGAACAUUGCCGGCCGUCGACUCGUAGGACUGCGGUGGUGGAACGAGGUGGACGUGCAGACGGGCGACUCGCAGUGGGUCUUUGAGAGCAGCGAGCCCGGCACCAAGACGAUCAACCCGACCGACAGCCGCUUCUUCUGGCUCGCGCUCUACGUCCAGCCCGUCCUCUGGAUCCUGCUCGCCGUCUUUGCGCUCGUGAGGUUGCAGUUCCUGUGGCUGCCGCUCGUUGUCAUCGCCCUGGUCCUGACCAUCAUGAACGCCAUGGCCUUUUCGAGAUGCGACAAGUUCAGCCACGCGUCCAACAUGGCCGGAAGCGCCCUGUACUCUGGCGGUUUGGCAGGGAGCAUCGCGACCGGUAUGGUCGGCCGCCUCUUCAACCGCGGUUAA